AUGUCGAAGAUCAGGUCGUUGGAGUAUGUUCGUGGCAUUAAGGAGAUUAACUCUGUUUUCGACGUAAUAGAUAGAAAAGGCCAAGUUAGAGACAAAUCUUUCCCUGACUCAGGAAUAUUCGCAAUGAAAAUGAUUGUACCCACAGUUGAACUUCGAAGAGUCGAAAAUGAGCUACGGGCACUGCGCCAGCUAAAUGGAAAACAUGGCAUCAUAAAAAUGUUGUCGGCUAUGCGUGUUCGCGAUCACAUAUUCAUUCUUAUGCCGUUCAUAGAUUAUGUCGCGUUUUCGAGCUAUUACCUGUCGCUGAACGAAAAAGAGAUCCGGAGAUAUCUUCUUCACCUCCUUCGAGCUCUCGAGCACGUACAUAGAUACGGAAUCAUCCACAGAGACAUAAAACCCACAAAUUUCCUUCUUGACCGUCGUUCCCAGAGGUAUACCCUUGUCGACUUUGGCCUUGCUCACUCGCAAUUUGACGGUGACUUGGACCGAAAUUGGAAUCCGCUUUUAGCUUCGCAAAAUGUCUAUAAUCUUAAGCGCAGAAGACCUAGCUGGCAGGAUGACGUCUCUGGUCAUUUUCUAGAACGCGGGAGCCCACUGCUUUUUACUCCAACCCCAUCCUUAGAUAAACCAUCUACAGUUAAAUCGAGGGUUUGUCCACGUUUAAGCACAUCAUGUUUGUCAAGCAACACGGGAGGACCAAGCCAUGUCUCGUCGCCAUCCAUUUUGAAUCCCGUCGAAGAACAAUGUGGUUGUGGUAAUCGAUUGGCCAUAUGCCGAGGAUGUCGGGGUUUCCCCAAAGCCCCCGCUGUGCGUCGCGGCGGUACAUUAGGCUUCCGUCCCCCUGAGGUUAUGUUGCGUUGUGUUACACAGACAACUGCAGUUGACCUGUGGGCUGUUGGAGUUAUUUUCCUGUCAUUCCUUACCGGCAGAUACCCGUUUAUUAAAGUCGAAGAUGACCUCGAGGUCCUCCAUUCAUUUUCACAUCUCUUGGGUUACGAGAGGAUGCAGCAAGGAGCUCAUAGCGUUGGUAAAAGGAUACUCAUUGACCCCAGGCCUCCACCAUUGGGUGACAAGGAAACUCCACUGGCGUACAUGAAAAAACGGUAUGAUUCUCCCUACCUUCAAUCCGUCCGUGUUGCUCACUCACAACUUUUUGGUUAG